CACUGACAUAACAGAGACGGCUCAGCUGAUUUGGUUUAGUUGUUAGCAACUGAGCUAAUCUCAAUGACACAAGCAACUCCUGUCUCAGUGGAAAAAUACUGCAAGGAAGUGCUAUACCUUGGACCUUUCAGAGCCAGUUUUUCAACUCAGACGGCAGACCAAUCCAACCAUAAUUAGGUCAUAGAGGAAACUAAAAGGGAACCAUUGCUACUUUGUUUCUCACUCUGGCUCUACUCAUGACAUGUUGUUUGUGUAGAGAUCUUGCCGUACACCCAGCUGAGAGGAAUACUGAUCAGAUUGCUGUAAGCAAAAACUCUUCGGGGGAGGGGGAUUUCUGAUGGAGGGGGAAUUCCUCAAAGGGAACAGCCUCGAGGCGCCGGGUCAAGAUAACAGUCUGGCGAAGAAGACCCAACUCCUGGACCGAGGCCAGUGGGCGAACAAGUUGGAGUUCUUGCUGGCUGUGGCAGGAACCCUGGUUGGGCUGGGAAACCUCUGGAGGUUCCCCUACUUGUGCUACAAAAAUGGGGGAGGUGCAUUUCUGGUUCCAUAUGUCUUGUUUCUGCUUGCUUGUGGUAUCCCAAUGUUCCUCCUGGAGACGGCUAUGGGACAGUUCACAUCUCAAGGUUGCAUCACCUGCUGGAGGCAUUUCUGCCCCUUGUUUGAAGGGAUUGGUUAUGCUACCCAGGUUGUGAUUGCAUAUGCUGCCGUGUCAUACAUUGUCAUCCAGGCGUGGGCCUUCUUCUACCUGUUCUCGUCCUUCAGCGCUGAGGUCCCAUGGGCCAGCUGCAGGAACAGCUGGAACACAGAGACUUGUGUUGAAUUUGAUAAAAAAAAUGCAUCAUCCAAUUGGACAGCAGCUGCGAAUGCAACAACACCUGCAACAGAGUUCUGGGAGAGACGAGUGCUGGGUAUAUCUCGAGGGAUUGAGGAGAUUGGUAGCCUGAGGUGGGAGUUGGCCUUGUGUCUCCUACUGGCAUGGAUCCUGUGCUACUUCUGUGUUUGGAAAGGAGUGAGAUCCACUGGAAAGGUAGUUUACUUUACAGCCACUUUUCCCUAUGUGAUGCUGGUGGUUCUGUUGGCUCGUGGACUCACUUUACCAGGAGCUAUGGACGGCAUAGCUUUCUACCUGUAUCCUGACCCAACAAGGUUGGUGGACCCUCAAGUUUGGAUGGAUGCAGGUGCCCAAGUUCUUUUCUCUUUUGGGAUUUGUCAGGGGAGUUUGACGGCUCUGGGCAGUUACAAUCAGUAUAACAAUGAUUGUUACAAGGACACAUUUGUUCUGUGUUUGGUGAAUGGCGGGUCAAGCUUCGUGGCAGGCUUUGCAAUCUUUUCAGUUUUGGGUUUUAUGUCGUACGAACAAGGACUGCCAAUAUCUGAAGUGGCUGCUUCUGGACCUGGCUUGGCAUUUAUUGCCUAUCCACGUGCAGUAGCCAUGAUGCCUUUACCUCAGUUAUGGGCUAUAUGUUUCUUCGUCAUGGUCAUCUUGUUGGGUGCUGAUACACAGUUUGUGAGUCUGGAGUGCCUGAUGACCUCAGUGACAGACAUGUUCCCCACUGUGUUUCGAAGAGCUUAUCGUCGAGAGCUGCUGCUGCUUUGUCUCUGCUCUAUUUGCUUCUUUCUCGGCCUCCUUCUCGUCACUGAGGGCGGCUUGUACUUCCUUCAACUUUUUGACCAUUAUGUUUGCAGUGGCAACAAUCUUCUCCUUCUUUCAGUGUGUCAGUCAAUAGCAAUUGGAUGGAUAUAUGGUGCAGAUCGUCUCUAUGACAACAUCGAAGACAUGAUAGGUUAUCGCCCAUGGCCAUUAAUGAAGAUUUGCUGGCUUUACAUUACUCCCACUGUUUGUCUGGGUACCUUCAUCUUUUCACUGGUGAAGUACAAGCCUCUCAAGUUCAACAAGACCUACGUGUACCCAACCUGGGCUUAUGCUCUGGGCUGGUUCCUAGGACUGUUCUGUGUUCUCUUGGUUCCUCUGUGGAUGCUCUUUAAAACGUCUCAGAUGAAAGGGACAGUAUGGCAGAACUUAAGGCAGCUCUGUCGUCCUGAAAUCACAACAAACAGCACACCAAAGCAACCUGAGCAAUGCCCUUUGAACCCAGACAACUCUCUUACUCCUGCUGCCAAUGAAUACAAGGCAAGCAGUGGAGCCGAGAUGGAGAUGCAAAUAUUUCCAGCCCACCAUGCUCAUUAUCUCAAUGAAGGAUGUGAUUAAUUUACGGGUCUUCACACUCACAGUUUUACGUAAGGAGAAAUGUUUAAGUGGAUUAAUUGUGCAGAUGUUCGGAUAUUCCGCUUCAAAUAACAAAACAGACUUGACUGUAGUUAUACUGUUCUUUGCCACCUACUAUCUGAUACGGCAUUCGACACUUUUUGAAACAUUUUGAACAAAUGUAACAGUUCAGUGUUUCAAUGCUGAAUGCAACAACAAAGCAAUCUGAAACUGUUCUGAUUCAAGCCUCUGUCUGGCUUUUUCUCCAUAGCAACAGCUGCUGAGGCUCAUGGUCGCUGUACUUAGAGUGAUCGGCCAAACCAAACGGACAGAAAUUAAACUGAAGAAUUUAUAGAUUUAUAUGUUGAGGAAAAUUGACGUUAUCCUAACAAACAAAUCAAUUAUGAAUUUAAAAGAGGGAAAUAUUUCUGGAACCUCCAGAAAUGUGUAAUUAGUCUUAAUGUUGUGCAAACGAGAUAUUCAGAUAUACAUCAACGUCAUCAUGCACAAUUUAAGGUGGUCGAUCGUGACUUUUGGCCCCCGCUGCAGUUGUUUUAUUGAAAUAAACCUGUUAGAAGAUUAAUGUGAGCUAAAUGCUGGAAAACGGACUUUGAAUAGAUGUAUUAAUAGUAGAGUGAAGGUGAUUCACAAAAGCUGCUGAAGUAACAAUAUUCUCCGACAUAAUGUGUGUUGUGUCUGUGUAAGAAAUAAAGUCUAAAAUGUUGUGACCACAUUGCACCUGAAGUCCAAAUCAAUUUCAUAACUACCAUAACUGCUGGAGAGUUUGACAUGUCUCCUGGCCAUAUCCAGCUACUCAAAUAAAUUCAAGUUCACAUUAUGUCACUGAGUUAAUAUUAGAGCUGUUUCUGAUAGUCCUUCUAGUCUUACUGUCUAUCUUUGACAGUCGUAGUUACUCAGUUACUUUUAGCAUAUAACAUUGAAUGCUGUUCCCACCCAAAGUAAACCACAAAAGUGCACUUUUUCAGGUUGCUCAAUGUGGACUUGCUAUAAGGAAUGUAAAACUUAUUUUGUAAAAUUAUAACAUACUAUGACAAAUCAAUAAAUUUUGUUUCAUAUUGUGCA